ACGUAGUAAGCACCUAACACGCAGACACUGAACGCCGAUUGUACCUAACGCCUUUGACGCUGACUUUGCGAAUUAGAAGAGUCAGGAUUUCGUGCCUGCGCUUGUGAUAUGCACUUUGCCGCACCGCCAGAGGGGUUCCUGUUGUUUCCCGGACAGCACGGUAUUACUUACAAGCCGGCGCUGCUGCCUGAGGACGCAGCAGGGGGGUCGACCUUUAGCAGUGAGGGGGACGAAAAUACGCUGGGGCCUCUGGACCGAAGGAGCUCGUUCCAGCUCGAUGAUGGCUCCGUGACCGCUGAUUGCUCUUACAGCAGCUCGUCAACCUUUUGGCUUGGCUCGACUGCAGGUUCCGUGAGGUCACGACCGGCAUCCGUAUUUUUCGGCGCCGGUGAUGUGCCGUCCACGCCCAGCGGGCUCGGGGAUGCGUUCCUCGCGCAGAGUCCCUGCUACAGCGCGAAGCUGGUAGCGGGCCACCCGGCGGGCGCCUUCUCGCGCCGCAGCGGUGAGUAUGCCGCCCACACCGCCGGCAGCUACAGCCUCGUCAGCCACACCUCGGCGGCCUGCACGCUGGGGCCGCUGCUGGAGGACCUGCCCACCCAGCCCUGCGCUGUCCGGCGCACGGUGAGCGGCCAGCUCCACGACGGCGGCGGCGGCAGCGGCGGCGGCAGCGGUGUCGACAGCAGCGUGGGGGCGUAUGAGGAGGAUGGCACGGGGCGGGAGGAUGGCACGGACGGCGACCUGGAUGUGGAGCUGGAUGACGACAGCCCCCACGCCGACCCCGGCGAGCGCAAGUCGCCUCACGGCGGCGGCGGCGGCGGCGGCCGGACGGCGGCGGCGCCGUGCAGCUACGCCGCCGCGGUGGCGGCCGCCGGCGUCAAUGCCACGUCCUCCCCGCACACGCCCCACUCCGCCCACCGGCAGCACCACCCCCACGGGCGCCACGGCGCCGCCGCCAUCGGCGCGCCCUCCGCCGCCGCCGCCAUGCUCACCGCAGCCGACCUGUCCAGCGUGGCCGCCGCCGCGGCGGCCGCCGCGGCCGCCGCCUCCAUGGGCGCCGGCGGCAAGCCCUCGCCCUGGGCCACGUCGCUGCUGAACCGGGCUCGGGCGGCGGAGACCCGCGCAGCGCGGCUCGAGUCGCGGCUGCGGGAGCAGCGCGGCGCCAUGGAGGACCUGCAGCGCCAGCUGGGCGAGCGCGAGGGCCAGCUUGCGUCGCUUCGCGCCGAGGUGGCCGCGCUGCGGCGGCAGCAGCAGCAGCACGGCUCGCAGCUGCACAGCCCGCAGCCGGCGCACGCCGCCGCGCCGCACCCGCGCCCGCAGUCGCAGCUGCAGGCGCAGCUGGCGGCCGUCGGCGCGCGCCUGCGCAGCAGCUCCACAGGCGGCGCGGGCGCCGGCGGCGCCUGCGCCGGCGCGGGCGGCAGCUUCACCGGCGGCAGCGCCUGCGACGACGGCGUCUACGUCGGCGGCGUUGCCGGCAGCGGCGGCAGCUACACCUGCGGCGGCAUGGUGACGGCGCCGCCCUGCUACAACGCGCCCGUAGGGCCGCUGGCGGCGGCGGCCGCCGCGCUGACCACGCCCACGACUCCCGAGAUGCACCACCACCACCACCACCACCACCACGCCCAUUACUCGGCGCUGCACUCCUCGCCGUCCGGCGACGAGCUGGGCCAGCUGUGCGACGCCGACCGCCUGUCGCCGCCGCCACCGGAGCAGCCGACAGCAUCCCCGGCCCCCCAGUCGUACGACGCCGCCGCCGCCGAGCUCACAGACUCGACCGAGCCGCUGGCGCCAGCGGCGUCUCUGCCGCGACUGGAUACGCCGCAAGUGUCGGAGCUACUGCCAUGCUUCUUUGCCAGCAGCCCCGGCACCGGCGCCAUCGCCAUCGCGGCCUCAGCCUCCGGCAGCUUCCACCUGAGCGCCGCCGCCGUCGCGGCCGCCGCCAGCGGCGCCGCCAUCACCAGCGGCCCGCUGUCGCCGGUGCAGGAGGAGGACCUGUACCUCGCCUCCGCCCGCUCCUCCGCCUCCGGCGACGGCGCCGCCAGCCCCGCCAUGCCAGCGGCGCAGCCGCGCGCGGCCGCCGCCAGCCCCUUCGCGGCCCUGGCGGCGGAGGCCCUGCAUGCCGAGGUGGACAGGAACGCGCCGCCCUGCCGUACCAGCCCCAACACCGGUUCCGGCCAGCCGCCGCUAUGCGGCACCGCCUCCCUCCCCGGCGGCGCCGGCGGCGGCCUGCUGCAGUCGCAUCAGUCGGCGACGGAGCUGCGGCGGCGCACGGACGCGGCGCACCGCGCGCUGCUGGUGAGCGCCAGCCAGGCACACCGGCUGGCGGCGGCGCUGGAGGCGGAGCGCGCGGCGAGCGAGGCGCUGCGUGAGGAGCUGCGCGACUGGCGCUCCUGCUGCCUGGACAACCACAAGCAGCUGGCGGCGGCGCGGCGGCGGCUGGCGGCGGCGGCGGUGCCGCCGCCGCCGCCACCGGCCCAGGCCGACGGCCACGGCUCGCUGUAGCUGCCUGCACCAGUGGCGGCGGCUGGCGGCGGCGGUGGCGGCAGGCUGGUGCUGCACAGCUGGGUGGCUGUGUUUGACAAGACCCCGAAUAACGACGCCAGGCAUUUGCGCGCCGCGCACCCAGCAUGAGCCAUAGAUCGCCGGACAUCCACAUGGACACACCAUACUAGCGCGAUCCAAUCAUGGCCAUGCAAGGGCUUGCGCCUAUUGGCAGUGUUCUCAUUCAAAACGGGGGUUUCUGUUACCGGGCGGUUCCGGGUGCGCGACUCGCGACACCACGCCUAAAAGGCUACAUUCUUCUUUGUUACGCAGUUGGUUGGUCGGUCCUGCGUUGUGCGUUGGUAGAAAAGAUUGCUCGAUGACGUGCACUCUGAACCGGAGGCUCCGCUGCGGCGGCGGCGGUUGAGCCGGCAGGCGCGGGUGUGGGUGCUGCUGCCACUCCGUGCAGUGCUGAUGCUCCCGCUAUUGACUAGCUGUGUGUGCCUGAGGGCUGUCCGCGCCGGGCUGCGUCGGGCGCUUGCAGCGGUGGCGUCACAUUCAGCGCCGCCGCGCAAGCGUCGGGCAGUGCCCGGUCUUAGCACAGCAGGACAUUUGCACAUGAGUUGUUGUCCCAGACGGUGGCGGGGCGGCGCAACCUUGUGUGCAUGCGCGCACAACGUGCAAGGGGCAACGUGCUGACGGUGCGUUUUGCUGGUCGCGUGCUAUUCAUUUUUUGAUGGACGGUUAGGAGGGCGGUUCUCCCGGAUCUGCGCCGCAGGGCGCGCAGCGGCAGGUGGAUGGAUGGAUGGCAUUAAUACAACUGGAGCAAUGCCACGCGCAUCGGUGUGUGUGCGUCUGCUUGACGGUGGACCAGGACGUUUCGGUGCCUAGUCCGGCAGUGGAGUGCAGCAGAUCGUUGCGCGCGAACCGCACUGUUUGCCCUCCUGCAUAUUAAUGACUAGGUGGUAGAAUGUUCAGCCUGCAUGUCCAUGUGUGGAUUAGGAGGACAUUGAUCGUCGGCGGUGUCCAAGUACGGUAGGUGCGGUGUGUGUGCGUGUGCGUGUGUGAUUCGUAUCAAGCGGCCCCUGCAUCGGACUGGGUAGCGAACCAGUAUCCGCGGUUGUGUGGCUGGCGCGAGUUGUCGAGUCGGAAAGCUGACACCGUUUUGCUCGGAAGGACGGCAACAUGUUGCGAAGAUCUCAGACCGCAAAGACGUUGGCAUAGUCGGUGAGGCCACAAGGGGCAAGACCCCAGCGGACUAUUUUGCAAGGGGCCCUGCACCUGAGUAUUUCGUGAGGGGAGCAUGUGACGGCCCACGCGACGGCGAGGGCUACGGCAUCCCGAGGGGAGGCCCCGCGGCGUUGUAGCCAUCGAAGGACGGCGAGGAGAGAUUAGACGGCCGGUGUGAAUGGCCGUGGAGUGGUUUGAGGGUGCGAGUGCGGUAACACCUGUUCGGUAUAGGGUCGUAGUAAUCGGCAACACGGCAUUAGCAAGCUGGCAGGCAUGACAACAGGGCUGGCGGGAGGAAACUCGACCGGGGCGAUGCAAGUCUGAGGGUUGCACGCGCAGGGCUUUCGACGGUGGCGGGGGAUAGUGGGUAGCUGCAGGAGGGUCCGAGGCAGCAGGCGGCUAAGUCGUGAAUCCCGUGGCUGGGGUGUGUUGUGGGUAUGCCUAGGCGGCCGCGUCUGCUGGAUGCGGCCCGCCCCGCCCCGCGUACAUAGCACGGCACAUGCUGACAGGUGUGGAGGCAGCGGACACCGAAUGUCCGCACGAGCUGAGGAGUAGAAAGCACUGCAGGCGAGGGACUGAGACGGUCGCUGGCGAGACGGAUGCCAGGGUGCCGGAUUCCGUAGCAACCGUGUGUGUGUAUGUACAGGAUCCCAUUUGAUUUCCAAUUUGCAUGGCGCCCAUAGCGUCCCGGCAGACCUUAAGGAACGGCACCGACUGAGCAACUGAGAGGUUGUGGCUGUAAGUUUGAAGCCAAUGUGCCCUGCGCGGCGAUGUCGUUGGUGGGGUUGAUGAAGCCCGAGACCACACGCGCCUCGGUGACGGGGUCAUAUCUUGAAUUGCCGUAUGGGUUGGUACGGGUAUAACAGCACCGCUGGUGCGGUGCCGCAUAAACUACCUCAACAAUGGGGGACAGCAGCCCAACGAAUGCGCGAGGCUCUGUAAUAACCAUGUACG